AGUAACAGUAUUAAAAUUCGAGAAGCGGAAAUAAUUUUCAAUAAUAAUGCAAUUAUUUUUUAAGACUCUUACCAUACGUAUUGUGGGCGAGUGCCUUUUGACUAUAGUCUUAAUUGUCAUAACCUUGAUUUUAAGUAAAAUAGAUAAAGGUUCUUUUAAGCAGGGUUUCUUUUGUGAUGAUGAAUCUUUAAAAUAUCCUUAUCAUGAGGAUACGGUAAAUGGUGCCAUGCUAUUUGCGCUUUCAUUGUACUUGCCCAUUAUUAUAAUGGUCACUUGUGAAGGUUUGCUAGUGCUAAUCAUACGACGUCAUACCUCUAUUGCUGAGGAAAGGGGCUUGUUGAAAGCUUUUCUCAAAUUGCAUUAUAAUAUAACACCGUUUCUUUGUGGCUUUGCUUUACAUGCCUGUUUUGUACAUUUCGGCAAGAAGACGGUGGGUCGUCUCAGACCACACUUUUUUGAUGUUUGCAAACCAUUGAUAGGAGAAAAUGCCAGAAGCUGUGAUAGUCCAGAAUAUUAUGGUGUCUACAUAGAAAACUAUGAAUGCAAUAAGACAUCAACUAACAAUGAUAUCUUAGCUAAUGUACAUCAAUCGUUUCCCAGUGGCCAUUCCAGUUAUAUGUUCUAUGGCAUGAUUUUCAUCAUCCACUAUUUGCAACGUUUCUCCAAGACUCUGUCUCAACAUCGUAUAAAUAUUGGUCUUUUAAUGAUGACUGUUCAAAUGUUGUGCGCUCUAUUGGCCUGGUUUGUAGCCUUGAGUCGUGUGACGGAUUACAAACACCAUUGGUCAGAUGUUUUGGUUGGCAUCAUAUUGGGCACAACAGUUGCCAUUGCGGUUUCGCAGUAUGUGUGUCAACAGUUAAAGAGUGUGAACAGUUGGCCGGAGGGCAUAAAAUCAUCAAAUUCUGAAUCAACAUCUACCGUGACAUUUUCCACAGCUAUGACAAAUAAAAUUUUAGUUCCUUAACAAUGAUGAUGAUGGUGAUGAGGAGGUUGAUGAUGAGUUUUUUUUUUUUUUGUUUCUUUUUUUUGGCAAAAUGUUGAUGCUGCUGUGUCUGAAAUAAGGAUAAUGAUGAUGGCCAGCUAAUUAGUGUUUAUUAGUCAGUGUUGAUUUCAUUUACUUUUAUCGAAAUGGAUUUGUUAGCUUGAUGUUUGAAAUCAUGUAUAAAUAAAGUGUAUAAAAUUAAUAAG